CAAAAAAAAGUAAACACUCAAAAUAUGACAGACGUAUAUUCAUCUUACAUACUAUCCACAGAAAAUCGUCCCAACUUUUCUACCUUUGUGGAAGUUGAUAAAAUUCCCAUCAUCGACCUCUCACAAACUAGCCAAGAAAAUCUCAUCUCAGAGAUUCGCAAGGCGUGUGAAGAAUGGGGAUUUUUUCAUGUAAUCAAUCAUGGAGUUCCCUCUGAUCUUAUCAAUAAGGUUGCUAAUGAGACCAAAAAUUUUUUUGGUCUAAGUAUGGAGGAAAAAAAGAAACUGAAAAGAGAUGCUAUUAAUGCAACAGGAUAUCAUGAUGCCGAGCAUACUAAUCUGACCAGAGACUGGAAAGAGGUUUAUGAUUGUCUUAUUUAUGAUGGAAUACAAGUCCCUUGUACUGAUGAUCCAAAUGACUCAGACCUAUGGACUCUAACAAAUCAUUGGCCUCAAUCCCUUCCACAUUUUAGGGAAACAAUGAAGGAAUAUGGUGGUGAAGUUGAAAAGCUAUCAUUCAAGUUGUUGGAGUUAAUUUCAUUGAGUUUAGGCUUAGCUGCUGACAAAUUCCAUGACUGCCACAACAAUCAACUAAGCCUUGUGAGGCUCAAUUACUAUCCUCCAUGCCCUUUCCCUGAUAUGGCACUUGGAAUUGGUCCUCACAAGGAUCCUUGUGUCUUGACUAUUCUUGCACAAGAUGAUACUGGAGGUUUACAAGUUAAGAAAAAUCCAGUUGGUGGUUGGGUUAAUAUUAAACCUGUUCCUGGUGCAUUGGUUGUCAAUCUCGGUGAUGUUUUUCAGGUUUGGAGCAAUGACAAGUAUGACAGUGCAGUACACAGGGCUGUAGUAAGCUCAGAGAAAGAAAGAUAUUCUUAUCCAUUCUUCUUUUUUCCAGGUCACCAUGUUAUGGUGCAGCCUGCCGAAGAGCUUGUGAGUGAGAAAAAUCCUGCAAAAUACAAACCAUACAACUUUGGCAAAUAUUACGCUAAUAGAACCCACCAUGAUUUCAACAAAGAAGAGGUUGCCGGUAAAGAAAUUUAUGACUUCAAGACUUCGGAUUAGCUAUUAAAAAAUUAUAUGGCUCUUGUUUUGGAUUGUUUAUUGUUUUUCAUAUCCUAAGUCUCUUCAAAGACCAAAUAAAUUGAGUUUGUUUUCAGUAAUUUAUGUAUUCUACUAUGACAGUUGAUAAGAACUGUCUUGGAACUGUCGGAAUGUGUGAAAGGGGACAGUUUUUAUGAAAUUGUCGUAACUUGUGUGUCGCAAAAUAAAGAAUUUCUUGUUGUAAAACUUGUCCUCCAAUUUAAAUAAAUGUUUGUUCCUUUGUUUUCAAUGAAUUUAAAUUUGGU